AUGGCCCGCUUCGCCCUCGCGCUCGGCCUCUCCCUGGCAGCUCCUGCGGCGGCCUUCGUCGCCCCGCCCCGCGGCGACCCUGCCGGCAUCGCCCAGCGGAAGGCGCUGGGGGUGGUGGAGCAGGCCUCCCGGGCGAGCUCCGGCAGGGCCGAGGACCGCGCCGCGCAGGGCCGCCCGAGCGGAUCCGCCUUCGGCGUGCUGGGCGCAGGGCUGGGGCUCGGGCUGCUGCUGCAGCGGUUCAGGCAAUCUCGGGUCGGCUUGUGGGCCGCCAUUCAGAAGGGGAAGACGAGCGCCCGCGAUGCCACCAUCCGGCGGCUCACCCCCGUGGGGCAGGGCUCGGACGUGCACAUGAUCAUCCACAAGAGUUACAACAACACUCACGUGUGCCUCGCCCAGAGAGGAGAAAAAAUCAUCUGGCACACCACGGAGAAGCGGUACGGCGCGACGCUCCCGAACACCAACUUCGCGAUCGAGGCCGCGGUCUACACGGCGGGCAAGCUCGGCAUCCCGAGGUUGUUCGUGCAGCUCAUGGGGCCCAACUCGACCGCCAUGCAGAGCGCCAUCAUGACCAUCCGGAAUCUGGGGAUCGAGGUGUCCGGCUGCGUGAUCCGCAACAACAUCAGGUACGGCGGAAACCGGGACUUCCGAGCCUGUUGGAAGCACCUCGCUGAGGGCCUCUCCGCGUCCACGGAGGAGAAUGUGGCGUUGUCCGACACGCAGCUGUGCCAAGAUUCACAGGGCAACAAGUGGCGCUACCACCACUACGACCUGGCCAAAAAAGGCGAUGGCUCGGGACCAGCCAAGCCGUUCGCCUACUUCCAGGUGCGGACGCAGCAGGCGGCCAGCCGCAUCAGGAACAUGGAGAAGGAAGAAAGCCAAUCGCGAGCUUCACAAACUCUCGAACGCUGGCGCGCUGACGUGUGUGAGCAAGAGUCCAGGGUGCAGCGCCUGGUGGACGAGAUGCAGGAGGCUGACACGGAAUGCCGCGAGCUGGCGGCGCAAGCUCAUCGUCAGGUGUCUGGCAACACCUCCUCUCCACCUGAGGGCGCCGGCGCCCCAAAGGCGCGGGUGUUUCUUCGUGCGUUGGUCGAACCGGAGGACGUGGCGUCCGCGCUGGACGACGACCAAAAUGGGCUGGCUCAGAGGAAGCAGGACUUGGAGACGCUGUUCAAAAAAGUGGGGCGAACGAUCAAGCUGAAGAUCGUAGAGCGCAAGGUCAGGGUGUUGGAGAAGCCGGAGCCAUUGCCAGAUAUGCAGACUGGUUGCGCCCCCGCGCCGUCGACGCACGGGCAGGUGAUCAGCUUCCGUUCGCAGGCGGCGGCAAACCAGGAGUGGGCCAUGUACACGCUCAAGCUGGAGAAGGAGGCCUUCGCGAUCAGAGGCAUGCGGUGGGCGGAGAACGACCCUCAGGCGGGAAGAGCAGAAGAGCCCGCGUGGAGGAUCAAGCCGCUCAGCUUUGGAGGCGACAAUUUGCCUACGGCAACGAGGCGGGCUUUCUGGUGGCGGAGGAUCUCGCGCUCCUUGCGCAACCUGCAGGGCGCGCGCCGGCGGUUGCGCGCUGCGACGGAGCAGCGGGACAUGCGCUCGCGCGAGGCGAAGGAGCAGGAGAGACUGUUCAGGGCCAGGGGGCAGCGAACGCAGCACCUUACCACAGAGGAGCAAGGAGCGCGGCAAGCAAGACGCGAGUUGCUGGCUGCAGGGCGCCGGAGGGGCAGCGCUGAAAAGGGCGAGCUGCAGGGUCUCUACGAGGGGGCGGCGGCCGAGUCCAAGGAGUGCGACCGGCAGCCGCUAAAGGAGCGGCGCGCGAAGUGGGCAGAUAAUUUGGAUGCGGCAGCUGCUGGCGCGACGGGGGGCUCGCGCAGGCUCAGCAGACCAGCCCAGGUUUGGGGGCCGGGGAGAGCGGGCGCGAUGGACGUGUCGGCAUGCUCACUGGAAGCCGCUGAGUUCGCGCUGUCGGAGCGGAGGGGGGCACGGCGAACAGGUGACCCCAUGCAGCAGCAGAUCAAGCCGCGGGGGGUCGAAGCCAGAGAACAGCUGGGCGACUCCACGGAGGAGGGCGUGGCCAAAUUGAAAAGAGUGGCCGGGGCAUUCAGGAAGAAGACGGACGUCGGAGUAUAUGGGGGGCGCCCGUCGCCACUGCAGGGAGUGUCCGACGGUGCGCGCGCGACGUUGCCUGGCAUCUUGCGCGAGGCAACGACCGCUGCCACCGUGGGCGUGGUCAAGGCGUUCGAGCGCGUGGGCCUUUUCGCGCUGCGAGAGGCGGGCAAGCAGCUCAAGUUCAGUGCGAAGGUCUUGGCAGUGGCGCGCCCUUAUUUCGUUAUGGCGAGGAGGCAUAUAGUGGGCGAGCCGAUGUCGGAGGAGACGCGCGGCGCGGCCGCUGUCAUCGCGGGGGGCAAGUUCUCGCCCGGAUACCUCAAGAUGGCCAUCCAGUCGACGGUGGACGGGCUGGCGGUGGAGAGGCCUAUCGUAAAGUGGAGGAUGCGCGUGGGCGACCUGCGCGAGUUCGGCGAGACGCUGGACGCCUGCUUCGAGGGCUUCGACAAGCGGGGCCCGGAUUCUUCUUAG